AUGCUUUUGCAAUUACCGCCCACGCUUCAUUACCCGAUCACCGUGACAUCGCUGCUAAAGCGACCGGGCGAUUUGGUUGAGCGGGGUGAUCAUUUAUUCUGGUAUGUCUACAAGACUACGGUUAUCGAAGGGGACGGGCUCGGCAAUGACGUCGAGGUUGAGAAGGAGUUCCCGAUCAAAUUCGAAUCGAAUGUCGAUGGGGAGAUAGUAAGGUGGAAGAUUUCCAAAGGAGAUAUUAUCGAUGAGCCUGUCAAUGUACUCGAAAUUGACGAGCCAUGCGCCCACGAAGUUCAGUUUGGGGGGAUGUGUGCAGAAUGCGGGAAAGAUAUGACUGCUGCGACGUAUAAUACCGAUGUUAUGGACUCUAUGCGUGCGCCGAUUCAGAUGACUCACGACAAUACAGCGCUGACAGUCAGUCAAAGAGAAGCAACGCGAGUAGAAGAGGAUGCAAAACGUCGACUUUUGGCUUCAAGACGCCUGUCCUUAGUAGUCGACCUGGAUCAAACGAUUAUACAUGCUACGGUGGACCCGACUGUAGGAGAGUGGAAGGAAGACAAGAACAACCCUAAUCAUGGCGCUGUCAAAGACGUUCGCGCUUUUCAGUUGACGGAUGAUGGGCCCGGGAUGCGAGGCUGUUGGUAUUAUAUCAAGCUCCGACCCGGCCUGGAGAGUUUCCUACAGAAUAUUUCUGAAAUUUAUGAGCUGCACAUCUACACCAUGGGUACGAGGGCAUACGCACAAAAUAUCGCGAACAUUAUCGACCCUGAGCGAAAACUGUUUGGCGACCGAAUUCUCAGUCGUGACGAGAGCGGUAGUUUGACUGCAAAAAAUCUACAGCGCCUUUUCCCGGUUGACACUAAGAUGGUCGUUAUCAUCGAUGACAGAGGCGACGUUUGGAAAUGGAACCCCAACUUGAUUAAAGUGUCACCUUAUGACUUUUUUGUCGGUAUUGGAGAUAUCAAUUCGAGCUUUUUGCCUAAAAAACAAGACUUAACGCCUGGCCCGGCUACGAAGGCUAAGCGCGAAAAGCCUCAUCAACCACCUUCCACAGAACAUCAUGUAAAUGGAUUGACCCAAGCCAAAGACGGCGAGAAUGAGGUGUCGGCACUGGAGCAACUUGUUACUAUGGGCGGAGGAGAUAACCCAGCAAUGCUUCAGGAACAAACUACACAACAAGAAGAAACCAUUAUGCAUCAAGUAGAGGAUCGGCCAUUGCUGCAAAAGCAAAAGGAACUGGAUGCAGAAGAUGAUGCCUCUGAGUCACAAGCAGGUGCUGACAGUGAGUCAUCAUUUUCGAGUGUGGAUGACACCCAGGAGUCGCAACGACCAAGGCAUCAUCUGCUCGAAGACCGCGACACCGAAUUAUUUCACCUGCAAGACAGAUUGGAGAGGGUGCAUCGGGAAUUUUUCGAAGAGUAUGAUCGUCGCCGCAAUAAGGCUGUUGGAGGAAGAGUUUCUGCUCUGCGGGGGGACAGAAUCCCUAGGGAUAAAGAUGUUGACUUGAAACUAUUGCCUGACAUCAAAAUAGUCAUGCCACAGAUCAAACGUAAGGUUCUUGGAGGUGUUGUCAUAGUGUUUUCCGGCGUGUUACCGUUAGGAACUGAUACACAGAAUGCCGAUAUCUCUCUAUGGGCUAAAAGUUUUGGAGCCGUCAUCUCAACUAGGAUUGGGUCCAGAACAACACACCUGGUGGCUGGGCGAAACCGCACAGCCAAGGUUCGCGAGGCGACAAGAUACCUAAAGAUUAAGAUCGUCACAACGCAAUGGUUAUUGGAUAGUCUGACACAAUGGAAAAAGGUGGAUGAGGAACCUUAUUUGGUGCCAGUCCACCCAGAAGAUCGUGGUGAUCCUGUGCUGGGCAGUUCCCCCGGAUCUAAACUGGAAAGCCCCUGGCUUUCUUCGUCAGAAGACGACACAGGUAUUAUCAGCAGACGCGAUAUAGAAAUUCCCAGGUCUUCCGGGACGAAUGAAUAUUCACCAAUUGGCUAUGAUGCAGACGAACAGGCAGCGGUACACGAUGAGCUGAGGGAGUUCUUAGGUAGCGACAAUGAAAGUGACACGGACGCAAGUGAAAUCGAAUCAGUAAUGGGUGCUGAAUCCAAGAAGCGCAAGCGAGAGGGCGGUGAGGAUACCGAUGACGGCGCCUCCGAGGGCACUGAUUCUCGAGUUCCACAGCGUCUCAAGGUGUCUGGCGCUGGACGCAGCACCAGCGCUGGAGAAGGCGGGAAUGAAGAGAAAGAGACAUGGACGGGCAGUCAGCAGCGCGAUGAUGGCGACGAUGAUGCCAAUGUGGACAAUCCAGAUGACGACGAGGACGAGUUGGAGCGAGAAAUGCUCGCUGCUUUUGAAGACGGCGAAUACGAUGAAUCUGGAGGUGAUAAUUAG